UCCGAGCCGAGCCGAGCCCACCUGCAGGAGACCCGCGCGCCUGGCCCGGCUUCCGCAAGCCGGGGAUGGCACCGCGGCUACCUCGGGCCGAGCUCCGGGCCGCUGGGGACCGCCCGCCGCCCCUUGCUGGCGGCGCCCACCUCCCGCCUCGGAGCGCAGCGAAGGACGUGGCGCCCUUGUGAAGGCUGGGCGCAGGGGGCUUCCCAACCCGGGCUCCGACGGCAGCCUCGGCCCGCUGCAGCAGCCAGCGGAGUCGCGGGCGCACCUGCCCACCCUGUCUCUGUGGGCCAUGUUGGACGGCCUGAAAAUGGAGGAGACUCUGCACGACGCGCUCGAGCCGCCUCCGCCGCAGCCGACCUCCCUCUCCUCGCUGCUGGGGGGAGCCCCGGCGCGGGCGCGCUCGGUGUGCGAGGGCUGCGGCGGCAUCAUCGCAGAGAGGUUCCUGCUGCGCCUCAACGAGCGCCUGUGGCACGAGCGCUGCGUGCGCUGCGCCGUCUGCCAGGAUCCCCUGCGAGGCACCUGCUUCUUCCGCGACCAGAAGCUCUACUGCCGCCUCGACUACGAGAAACUCUUUGCAGUGAAGUGCAGCAGCUGCUUUGGAGUCAUUGCCCCCAGCGAGUUCGUCAUGCGAGCCCAAAAAAGUGUCUACCACGUGGGCUGCUUCUGCUGUUGCGUCUGCGAGAAGCAGCUUCAGAAGGGGGACGAAUUUGUCCUGAAGGAGGACCAGCUGCUUUGCAAGAGCGACUAUGAGAAGGAGCGUGAACUACUCAGCCUAGUGAGCCCAACUGCGUCUGAUUCUGGUAAAAGUGAUGAUGAAGGGAGCCUAUGCAAAAUGGGAGAUGGCAGUGGGAAAACAUCCGAGGAGAGCAAGGACCACAAGCGGCCGAAACGACCCCGGACCAUCUUGACAACCCAGCAGCGCCGGGCAUUCAAGGCAUCGUUUGAAGUGUCUUCUAAACCAUGCAGGAAGGUAAGGGAAACGUUAGCGGCCGAGACGGGUCUGAGUGUCCGAGUUGUUCAGGUCUGGUUCCAGAAUCAAAGAGCUAAGAUGAAGAAAUUAGCAAGACGACAACAGCAGCAACAGCAAGAUCAACAAACCACACAGAGGCUCACUUCUGCUCAGACAAACAGUGGCAACAACACAGGCCUUGAAGGAAUCAUGAACUCUUAUACCACCUUGCAACCACCUCCACAACAAGUAUUGGUCAUUGAUCAAAGUGUUUACAGCUCAGACCCCUUCCGGCAAGGGCUCACUCCGCCACAAAUGCCAGGAGACCACAUGCACCCUUAUGGUUCUGAGCACCUUUUGUGUGAGAUGGACAGUGACGACACCUCCCUCAGCAACCUGGGCGACUGUUUCUUAACAACUGUGGAACCUGGGCCCUUGCAGUCCAGAGUCGGCAACCCCAUUGACCACCUGUACUCCAUGCAGAGCUCCUACUUCACAUCUUGAGGCAUUUGAGGCUCUGAGCAGACCACGGCUGGGCUCACUGCAGGUGCCACCUGGAGAGAAGGAGAGGAAAGGAUUUUGAAGUUGCUAGCUUCGUUUCCCAUUUGAAAAAUUCAGCGGAAAUCAGGAACAUUUGUGAAGGAAGAAUUCAAAACUCCGUUCUCCUUUCGCGAACCCAUUUAUGGAACGACUUUUUGAAACUGAGUUUUAAAUUUUGAAGUGUCAAGGAAUGCAUGAAAGAAGACAAAAACUUAUCCCCCCCCCCCGUGUUUUAUUUAAGGCUGUCUUGAAGGCAAGUUGCAAAAAUCAGUACUUUAGGCUUAGACUAGAUAGGCAAGCAAUAUUUCCCACUUUGAACUUUGGGGCUGAAACAAAAGUUCCUCAUUUGGGUGGACUACCCUUCUGGGGAAAACAAAAACUUAGAUAAUUUUCAAUAAUUCGCGCAUUUUGCAAUCCUUUUUGGCAACGUGGUUCCUCCUGGUGGCUUCUGCGGUUUCUGCAUUGCUAUCAUUUCUUCCUUGAUUGCUAUUUCUUUCUCCUUCCUGGAUUAAUCACGUAAGUGAACCCACCCUAUCAGAAUCACACAGUGAACAGGAUGAUAUCAGAAUGAAGUCAAUUAGAUCUGGGCAUGUGAGAGUGAGAGCAAUUUAAACUAAUAAAUGAACAUUAUUAUUA